AUGACUUCAGAACCAUAUGCCAUCAUUGCAGGAAUUGGUGCCGGCACCGGCGCCGCCGUCGCGAGGCGCUUCGCCAGACAGUAUCCCGUGGCGCUUCUUGCUCGCUCCACCGAUUUCGCCAAAAAGCUAGCCGCAGAGAUUGAGGCCGACGGCGGCACGGCCGUGAGCUACAAGGCCGACGUCGCCGACGAGGAGGACCUGGGGCGCGUGUUUGGCGAGAUUCAAGAGCGCUUCGGAACGACCUGCGCCGCGGCCAUCUUCAACGCGAGCAGCCGGCCGUUUCCGAAGCCGUUUCUGUGGCAGUCACAGAGCGACGUCGACUAUGCCCUCAGCAUUAAGAGCCGCCCCCUCCGCAAUCAACACAGAGACGGGGCCUAUCAUUUCGCCAAGCUGGGGCUGCCGCUCCUCAUCGGCUCGACCGGGCAUGACUUUGUGCCGACGUUGCUGUAUACCGGCGCAACGGCGGGCGUCAAGGCCAACGCGUGGAUGCAGCCCUUUGCCGUGUCCAAGCACUCGUUGCGUGCGCUGGUCUUGGCGCUGGCCGACGAGUUUGCGCCGCAGGGUGUGCACGUCGCGCAUGCCAUUAUUGAUGGGGUGAUUCGCAUGCCGUUGACCCGGAUACUGAAGCCGCUCUCAUCGUGGCAUGCCAAGCUGGACCCUGAUGCGAUUGCAGAGAGCUACUGGCAUCUGCACGAACAACCUCUGGCCUACAUGACAACCGAGAUUGCCUUGCGGCCAUUCUGCGAGACGUGGUAG